AGAUACGUGCGAGGUGUUUCGUGUAACGUCGGGACACGGGUGGAUAAGAGAGCGUACGAAGCGUCUAAUUGAGAGAUCAAGUGUAGCGUCUUGCAUCGUUGGUCGGAUACCCGUGAGAACGAGCGUGUUCUAGCAACGCACCAGACGAUUGAUCGUGAAAAACCAAAAGCAGAUUUUCGGACGGACGAAUGGGAUCUGGUGGACGAAAGGAAAGAGGAAAGGCGAGAGAGAGAGAGAGAGAAUAGAACGAAUUAACGCGGUAGAUAAGGCUCGUGUUCUUUCUCCCCUCGGAUGUUAUCGCGGUUUGCUCGGAACUCGAUCUCAUCCUUCGGAAUAGGAGUGCGAGUGCGGGUACGCGUGCGCGUGCGUACGUGCGCGUUGCGUGCUGGCAUACUCGCGCUAACACUUACCGCAAGAAUGGCAGAGGGAGAGCGAGAGAAGAAGAGCCUCGCCGAGCGAGAGGAGAGCACGAAACGAGUGGAGCUGACUGAAUGACUGAGUGACACUCGGCUGACGUCCCUUCCGAUGUGUCUCGUGUUACACCAAGCCUGUUAAGCGUUUAUAUAUUAAAGUUACGGCAUUGGGCGCGUGCCACCCACUGCAUUCUCUCUACCGAUCAUUUUUUCCGUCUCCCCUUUUUACCUUGACCCAUCGCCGAGCGCGACACGGCGAUGGGUCAACGCGUUCCGCUCUCUUCGCUGUUCCAUAGAAAUCCAAUCGCCGAUCGAUCAGUUGGUUCUUUUCGGUUUACGCGGUCGGUUAGUCGGUCUACGUAUUUCUAUCUCCGCGCGAACAAUCGUACGCGAUACUUUUCCAGAUUUCAAUCUCCGUCGUUGGCGUUGAAAGGCAAACUACGUCGACUCUGCGCUUUAACGAAACAUCUCGAUUCGGUACGUUCCGUUCGAUCCAUCGUCGUUGGACGCGCGUUACCGGACGCACGCCGAUUCCAUCAAGAAAAUUCAACGCAGGUUUUUACGUUUCUGCGUUCGGGUUUCUACGAAAUCGGUGAAAAUAUACGAUUUUACUCGGACAGUACGCACUUGAUCGGAGUCGACCGAAAUCUAAAACUACCAGAAUAUUUGAUAAACGGGAAUCGUUCCUGGCAAUUCUCGCAUAUCAUUAUCGAACGUCUAAUAGUUGGCGAUGGUAGCUGUUUGAAAGAGAUACCCACUGGAUAUGUAGAUGUAGUUGUGACAACAAGAUCGUUAUGCUCGGUGAAAUCGUUGCAGUCGACGCUUCGAGAGAUCCACAGGGUAUUAACGCCGGGUGGUCAAUAUUUAUUUAUAGAACAUGUACCUGAGAAUGAAGGAACGUUUGUACGAUGGUUGCAAAAAGUGUUAUCACAAACAAAAAUAUGGCCAUCGCUUUUUGGAGGUUGCCACCUGGAUAUCGAUCCUAUUGUGAAUAUUAAAGAUGUUGGUUUCCAUCAUGUUACAUGGGAUAUAUUUACUCUUGACGGUUACGUAUCCCACCCUUUUCAUUUGAUUCUUUCGAGGCAACAUAUAUUAGGCGUAGCGAUUCGAUAGUUAAGCUUAACAAAACGAAAAAAAUUACAAACAUUUAUAUAUAUAAAAAAUACAUGCAUGCAUAUAUUAACAAACUUAUAAUGUAUGGAAACAAAGGUAGAAUUAAUUGCUAAAAUGAAAUUAUCAUGUGGAAGUACACUGUAUUCAAGCAAGUGUACUUACAUAUUUAUAAUGUCAAUUAAUUCACAAAUAAAGUGUUAUUCAUUUA